ACGGAUAAAUGGAUAAUGGUGGCUGGGUUGGUUGGACUUUUCUUCUUCUUCCUCUUCGUUUCAGUUUUUUCCAAGUUAGGAAUUUUCUCUGGGUUCGUGGUCAAUGGCGAAUUCACUGGUUGUAAGCUUGAAAAUAUGGUUCUCGGUAUUGGGUUUUGUUAUGGUGCUCACUCUAGUUUACACUCUGUCCGUCGAUGGUCUUCCUUUCCGCAAAGAGCUUCUCACUCCGUGGAUGACAGCAACCUUGGUUGAUUUCUAUAUCAACGUUGUAUUUUUAGCGGCUUGGGUUUUAUACAAGGAAUCAAAUUGGAUCAGUACAACAAUCUGGAUAAUUCUGCUUGUAUGUUUUGGCAGCAUUACUACAUGUGCCUACAUUGUUGUGCAAUUGAUGAAGCUACCCACUCAAGAAUCAAGGCGAGAUCCAAUUAAUUACAUUCUGUUGCGGCAUCCGUAUAAGGAUGAUGUGGAACAAAAGAGGAAACACACCCCUGUGGUGAUCACAAGAGUCAUUUUUAUUGUUUUGGGUUGUUUGAUGUCAGGAACUCUGGUUUAUACUAUAUUAACUGAUGGUUCUCCUUUUCGCAAAGAGCUUUUGACACCGUGGAUGAUAGCAACACUUAUUGACUUCUAUAUCAAUGUUAUUGCUCUAUCGGUUUGGGUUGCCCAUACAAGUUCAACUUUUGUUGCUGCAAUCUUUUGGAUAGUUUUGUUGAUAUGUUUUGGCAGCAUUGCAACAUGUAUAUACAUUGUACAGCAACUGUUCCAUUUGACAACCCAAGAUCCAGUCUACCUUGUUUUAUUAAAAAGCGAAGACAGGGCAGAAAGCAGGUAUGAGGGAACAUUGUUGUGAGACAAUAUGAUCUCGGUUUGAUGGCAGAGGAAGUUCAAGAGCAAUUUGGUUUGUUUUCAAAAAUGAAAUCUCCAUUCUAACCACCAUUAAGACUGCAUAUUACUACAUAUGAAAGCUUUAAAGGGGAAGCAGAGUUCAAAUUAUCCUAGGAAAUUGGGACCAUGAAAUUGUGAUUUUUUCUUGUCCACUCCUAAAAAAAUUUCACUUAUAUUGAUGAAGUUCUAGUUCAUUAACCUUGCUUGUUGGCAAAUCCAGCACCAAACAACUACUUUAGCCAACUCUUUUACUGGUCCACCCAUUUGUGUUAAUCAUUUUCUUUGCAUGCCCAUUUUUCUUGGUUUAAUGCAAAUGAAGACUAAGUUGAGUAUAUGAAGAAAAGUCAUCAAAUAAUGCUUUGAAAGCAUCCCAGUUUUAUUGGUAAAUGCCUUUAAUGCUUUGAAAGCAUCCCAGUUUUGACGCAAGAAAACAGUGAGGUAAAUGCUGUUAUCUUCACUUGGGAAUUGGGAUGGACUGUGAGUCUGGGAUAUUAUUCAUAUUAAUAAUUUGUUGGUAUUUACAAUUUUUUUUUUCUUGGUAUAGUCGCUCUCAAUGGCGGACUCAGAACAAUUUUUGAGAGGGCACCAUGAUAUAUAAUAAGAUUUUUAUAUUAUAUUUAUUUUAUGA